AUGCCAACCAAAAGGUCUAAACAAAAACCAUCCAUCUCCCCAUCCAAGCUCCCACCCGGAUACAAACCAGGUCCAUUCCGUCCAUUUCAUACCUCCAAACUUCUCAAUUAUUUCCAACUCACAAAGCUCGACCAAUUCUUAACGGUCUCCUUAUUGGCAUUAUCAGUAAUCAUCCGCCUAUAUAAAUUAUAUCAUCCAGCUAGGGUUAUAUUUGAUGAGGUUCAUUUAGGUACAUUUUCCCGAGAAUAUUUCAAAGGGGAAUUUUUCAUGGAUGUUCAUCCACCAUUAGGUAAAUUAAUCUUCUUUUGGGUUGCUAUGUAUUUCGGCUGGAAUGGAGAAUUCGGAUUUGAAGAAAUUGGAGAUGCAUAUGAUAAUAAUGUCCCGUUUUUGGCUAUGAGAAUGGUGCUGGCCUUGUCUGGGAUUGGGACUAUUAUGUUGACUUAUUUUAUGAUGAGAUUAUGUUGUCGUAGUGGAAGUUUGGUGCCUUGGUUUGUUUCCGUGCUUGUUUUGAUUGAGAAUUCACUUGUUACUCAAUCGAGAUUGAUUAUGUUGGAUCUGCCAUUGAUGUUUGCUCAAAGUGUGACAAUGUUUGGAUAUAAGAGUUUUGCUAAUCAACGACCAUUUUCAGGAAAUUGGUUUUUGAUGUUGUUGCUUACCGGAUUAGGAUUGGGUGUUUCUGUGUGUAUAAAACUUACUGGAUUAUAUACUAUUGCUUGGGUAGGAAUCUUGACUAUUAUUCAACUUUGGAAUAUUUUGGGAGAUUUAGAAGUACCUAUUUCAACUUGGGUUAAACAUGUUAUAUAUCGUGCAAUUGCCUUGAUUUUUAUUCCAAUAAGUAUGUAUUUAUACUUUUUCCAAAUCCAUUUUGAUAUGUUACCAUAUAAUGGUAGUGGUAGUGGUACUGUUCAGUCAGCAUUCAGAUCCACAUUUGAAGAUUCAGAAUUACAAUUCAUGCCGGUAGAAGUUCUUUAUGGGAAUUCAGUUACUAUCAAACAUAACAAUUUGGAAUUAUAUUUACAUUCACAUAAUGCAACUUAUGAAAGUGGCUCGGGAGAACAACAAGUCACAUUAUAUCAUUCUGAUUUUGAUGAAUAUAAUGAAUGGAUGAUUGAAUCCAAAAAUAAAUUCAAUGAACGAUUAAUUGAAAAACAAAAACCAGUUAAAGAUGGUGAUAUAAUUAGAUUAUAUCAUAAAGUAACUGGGAAAUAUCUUCAUGUUAAUGAUGUACGUCCACCACUUUCUGAUUAUGAUUAUGCUAACGAAGUUAGUUGUGCUGGUGACAGAGAUCUCUUGGGUGAUAUUAAUUAUGAAUUUAAAGUUAAGAUUAUUGACAAGAAACCCCAUGGAAGGAAGGAUUUACCAUUAAUCAAAUUACGUGCUACUGAAAGUAUUUUCCAAUUGAUCCACCAAGGUACUAAAUGUACUCUUCUUGGUCAUGAAGAUUUAUUACCCGAAUGGGGAUUCGGACAAAAUGAAGUAGUAUGUAUAGAUGAACCAACUAUUCCUAAUACACUUUGGUAUAUUGAACUGAAUUUUAAUCCAAAGAAAAAUGUAACUUUUGAAAAGAUUACGUUUGGUCCUUAUUCAUACUGGCAAAAAUUAAAAGAAGUUCAUAGAGCCAUGUUUAGAAUUAAUAGAAGUUUCACUCAAGAUCAUGAUUAUGCUUCAACUCCAGGUGGUUGGCCGUUUGUAUUGAGAGGUGUUGGAUAUUUUGGAAGUCAUAAUGAUGUCAUGGAAAAGUUGACUGAUGAACCAGGGAGUAUGAUCUAUUUAUUAGGUAAUGUUGUAAUUUAUUAUCUGGCAUUCUUUAUAUUGACAUUAUGUAUUGCCAAAUAUUUAAUUCAUUUAUUUUUCCAAAUGAAUCCAUUUAAGAUUCCUAAUGAAUCUCCAAUUGUGACUAAUUUUUAUGAAAAUUCAAGAGAUUGGAUCUUGGGUUGGGCAUUACAUUAUUUACCAUCAUUCCUUAUGUCAAGAAAAUUGUUUUUACAUCAUUAUUUCCCAGCAUUGUAUUUCUCAAUUGUAUUAAUUGGACAAUAUGUGGAUUAUCAAAUGUCUAGAAGAAAGUAUUUUGCAUAUGGUUUAAUUUCAGUUAUUCUUGUUGGUUCGCUUUAUUGUUUCAUUACAAUGAUUCCAAUCAUUUAUGGUACUGAGUGGACGGUUGCUGGUUGCACCGCUAGUAAAUUGUUUUCUACAUGGGAUUAUGAUUGUAUGGCCUAUUCUGAUUCGGUUGAUUUCGUCCAUGAUGAUGUUGUCUAUGAAGAUGAAGUCUAUGAAUAG